CUGCUUACCUGCGCGCCCAGCCGCUUCACCUGGACCGUCACGUGAAAUAUGAUGAGGAUUUUACCUUUGUGGGCUCACUUCUUGACGAACACAGCUGACCUCAGCCAGGUUUAUACCCAAAGGAAGACAGCAGCAGCUCCUGGGAUAAACAGGUUUUCUUCUGCGUGCUGCCCGAAAAGACAGUGAUCAACUCCUUAAGUGGCUGGCUUUAUCCUGAAUCUUGCACCUGCACUACCUACAAUCAUGGCCCACCCCUACGAACCCUGGUUAAGGACAGCACCAUCUAGUGGCAGCUCUGAAGAAAUGAACAUCCCAACCUGGUGGGACCUCCACCGCGAUGUUCAGUCCGGCAGUUGGAUAGAUCUGCAGACUGGCCAAAGUGUUGGCUUGCCCUCAGGGAGUCCAGGCAGCUCCAUGGGACUGCAGUCCUCUUUAGGCCCAUAUGGCUCUGACCCACAGCUGUGCACUAUGCCCACAGCACAGCACGCCUCACACUCGCCCCACCUCUACCCUCAGGACGGCUUCAAGAUGGAGCCGCUCGGACCUGAAAUGCUGCAGCAGGACACCUUCUCAAUGGAGGAACCGCAAGAGACUUCUGUGUCUGCUCGGCCCAAGCCUCAACGACGUUCAUCCUCCCGGGGCGCAGGGCAGGCUUUGUGCCGGUGCCCUAACUGCAUCCAGGCCGAGCAAAUGGGGCAGAGUGCUGAGGACAGCAGGACCAAGCACAUGCACAACUGCCACAUCCCUGGAUGUGGCAAAGCCUACGCCAAGACCUCCCACCUGAAGGCUCACCUGCGCUGGCAUAGUGGAGACCGGCCAUUUGUCUGCAACUGGCUGUUCUGCGGCAAGAGAUUCACGCGCUCCGAUGAAUUGCAGCGCCACCUGCAGACACACACUGGUGCCAAGAAGUUUAGCUGCGCUCUAUGCCCCAGAGUUUUCAUGCGUAACGACCACCUGGCCAAACACAUGCGCACACAUGAGUCACCACCGGGACACGGGGAGGAGAGGGUAAAUGGUGAUGGAAGGAUGGAUAAGGGCUUUGAUGCGCCCACACCUCCUCAGUCGUCAUCAAAUACGUCUGACAGCACAGAGCCUCAGAUGAAGCUGAAAUGCGAGACAGACCCUCCGGUUUCCAGCGUGACGGGGCAGUCCGGCUAAUUUGAUCACUUCCAGGAGAUGUUUUUGUAGUAAGAGGGUUCAGCCCUAUCUGUAACAGGUGCAGAUUUUACAAUAGAAUAGAGAGUAGAAGAAUGGUGCGGACACUUUCACCAUUGGAAGCUGGAUGGAAACAAAAGUAUGCAACUCCUGUGGUAGUGAUAGUAGGGAUACUACAGCACACAGGAAGCACAGGGUCUUAUGCAUUAUACAGCUAAAACUCUCCUCUGUAGUUUUGAAAGGAGCCAAAGAAGAGCAGAAGGUGCUGCUGGAACCCCAGGCAGAACAGAGACAGACGGGCAUGAGUUCAGCUGAAAAAAGAUGUUUACAUAAAACUUGUUGAACGUGUUAUCGAAAGUGAGAAAUAGAUUUGUAUGCAACUUAUAAAAGGGAGAAAAAUAUAAUAUGAUAUAAUAUUAUUAUAUAUAAUAUAAUAUUCAUUGCCUUGCAAAGAUACUCAUACAUCUUGGGCUUUUGUCACCCCACCAUCACAAAACUUAAUAUACCUUGUUUUUCAAUUGAUAUAUCCUUAUGGAACUGGACCUUGGUGCAUAAUUACAAAGUGGAAGGAUAAUAAUACAUGUUUUCUGAACACUCUUAAUAACUAAUCUUACAUGAAGUUAUUCAGCUACAGCUGUAGGUCUUUGGGAGCAUAUCUUAACCAUCUUUGCACAUCUAGAGACUAAAACGUUGUCUAAUCUUCCUUGCAUGAGGUCUAUAACUUUCCUUUCCCCGUCAAAGAAAAGCAUCCCUACAGCAUCAUCUUGCUGCCACCAGGUUUCCCUGUGGGGAUGAUGUGGAGUCUUAGUUUUCUGCUCCAUUUUUUUUUUUUAUAUUGGGAAGUAUAUUCCCCUUUGGUCUCAUCUGACCAAAUAACUAUGGUUCAUGUUUGCUGUGAUCUUAAAUUGUUUGCACAGAGCUACCAUUUGAACCAUAUUGCUUCUUAACAUAAAUAGACAGCUGAUUCUUUCCCUCCCACAUGAGCUGUUUGUCUAUGCAGCUUCCCCAGAGCUGUCCCUUUCGCCCACAGCUUUAUAUCUCUAAUUAUUACUCUUCAUGCCAUUGCUGUCAAUUCAGAUAAGCAGUCAUGAAUUUAACAGCCCUCCAUGAGAUCGUAAAAACGUAACCCUACUAAACCAGUUAACUGUC